GAAGGCUGCACCUACGGGACUUGCUGGCUGGUUGGCACAUGAUGACGAGGUCGGCAAUUCCACGGUGGCAGAUUCCGAACCUAACGGCGCUGUGUAACAACGAGCUCACAGUGCAGGUCGUGUCAGAAUCACCCACGACGAGGUUCGGCGGCGACAGUGCCGCACGUAAAAAGGACAUCGAGCGAAAGACGAAUACGUACCGGGGCGAGAGGUACGAAGCUGGCGACAGCUACUGGGCAGAAGAAGAGGACGACGAUGCCUUCUGGUACGAGGAUGACUACACGGACGAGCUGUACUACGAGGACGACGUGUGGUAUAAGGAAGACGAGCCGAUCCCCGAGGAGCUCGAGGACGCGUGCGAAGCGACGGAGGAGGCCUGCGUAAACUACACGGGUGCCUGGGCGAAGAUGAGAGAGCUGGCGACAACGGGAGGUUUCUACCCGGAUGUGGCGCUGAUGGGUCACCGACGAGGACUGCCGCCACCGCGGGCCGGCAAUCUGCGGCCGCCCAGAACGGGCGAGGACGAGCGAGCUCGGGGCACGGCGAGCCACGUAGAAGUUCAAGCAAGGGUAAAGCAAGAGGCAGAUACGGCGGCAGAGCACCAUGCGGAGGCAGAGGUGGAGGCAAGGCUGGGUGGCGCCCCGGCGGCUCGCCUAAGAUGGCCGCCGACUCAGCAGCGCAGGCCACGACCCAGGCGGCGACGAGAUGGCGCAGAAGCCGACGGGCCCGAAGAUGCGAAGAUGUUGUACGAGAUGCGUUGUGACAUGACGAUGAGUGACAUUGCGCCGAGCCCCGAAACGACCACGAUAGAAGAGGUGAACUUGGCUACGUACAAAGGUGUCGGCGACAGUGGAGCGACGAAACCAGCGAUGGUUCUCGAGGAGUGGCCAGCGUGGCGCGAGAAGCUUCAGAAGAUGGGCCUGUCCGACGAGAUCCAGACGGCCAGGUGCCGCAAGACGUCCAGGUCUGCCAACGACGAGAGAGCGGCGGCGAAGCAGCGCCUGACGUUUCCGGAGCGGGGCAUAGUGAUCGACUACCGCAGCGAGAAGGAUAUGUAUCUAGACGAGCAGGAACUGGAGUGGAUCGACGUGGAGACGAACGAGAGAGGCCACGUGGUCAUCAAUCUGCCUAGCUUCCCGUCCGAU